CUAAACGAGGAUGAGAUAGUGUUCACGGACAGUUCAUCGAAGUACGAUAGACGACAUGUGCUUCAUAUUGUCAUUGGACAUGAGCCUUCUGGCAGGAUUUUGAAGCACAAGAUCUCAACCGGUGAAACCACAGUGCUGGCCGACGGUCUUCACCUUCCGAACGGAAUUCAGCUCCAUCCAGAUGGCAAGUCGAUUCUGGUCGCAAAAUGCAGUAAUGCAAGGAUUGACAGGUUGGAUUUGAGUACAAACAAGGUGACGCCGUUCGCUGAUAAUUUGCCAGGCCUUACCGGAUAA